UAUCGAUAUUUUCGAUCCAGUCGCAGUUUAACAGCACUGGAAUUACAAAAUGUUGAAUACCUCGCGUUUAUAUAAAAUUAUAAAUAAAAAUGUUUAUUCACGAGGCACGAGACUGCAGAGUACGGUCGCCGAUGUGGGGCGGAGUGCGCGGCAAAAGGCGUGGCUGCUCGCCAGGGAACGCUACCAAGAUCACGAUCACGUUCAUUACAGUUCCGUCUUGGAGACCAAAAUAAAACCAUCUUUCUUGAUUCCUGAGAAUUUGCCGCCUUUUCCAGAGGAUUGGAUGGAUGACUACGAGUUCUACCAGGGCUGUCAAGAUGGGGCGGACAAACAGGGCACUCCGGAUCCCACGGUUGCCGCCUCAAUAGUUCCCUGCAGUGGAUGCGGCGCCAACUUGCACUGCUCCAGUCCCUCUCUGCCCGGCUUUAUACCCAGUGAAAUAUUCAGGGGGAGGUCGCAUCAGGAACUUCAGACCAUCACCUGUAAGCGGUGCCACUUCCUUAACCACUACAACAUUGCACUGGACGUCGAGGUGGCUCCAUCGACGUAUGUGGACACCAUAUCACGCAUUCAGGACAAAUUUGCACUGGCCAUUGUGCUGGUGGACCUGCUGGACUUUCCCAGCUCCAUUUGGCCGGGCAUGCAACAUGUGCUAGGCGCAAAGCGACCCGUUUUCCUAGUGGGAAACAAGGUGGAUUUGCUGCCACGCGACUCCAACAUCUACCUUCAGCACAUAAAAGAUUCCCUGCAGCGCGAAUUCAUCAAGCACGGCGGCGGCGAUGGGCUGAAUAUAAAGAAUGUCAGUCUGAUAUCCGCCAAAACGGGCUACGGCAUCGAGGAGCUAAUCACCCAGUUGCACAAGAAGUGGGCUUACAACGGAGACGUCUAUCUACUGGGCUGCACCAAUGUGGGCAAGAGCUCGCUAUUCAACAUCCUGCUCAACUCGGACUAUUGCCGCCCGGAGGCCAGUGACCUGGUACGCAAGGCCACCACUUGUCCCUGGCCGGGAACCACACUGAAACUGCUGCGAUUUCCCAUCUUGCGUCCAUCCAGUGAUAGGGUUUACCAGCGAUUCAGGAGAUUAGUUUCCGAGCGCAGCCAGAAGGCGGCGAUGGAAAAGGUGCGUCGCGCAGUGGCUAGGGAAACGGGAGCUGCUGCAGCUGCCCAACCGGUGGCCUCCGUUGGACGCACCUUCGAUAAGCGCGACGAUAUCAGCGAUGCCUUCGCCAUGGCCAGUGGCUCAAAGCCCAUAACCACGUUGAACGAGCGCCAGAAGGAGUACAAGGAGGCGCGCUGGGUCUACGACACCCCUGGAGUGAUGCAGCCCGACCAAUUGACUCCCCUGCUUACAGCCGAGGAACUGGUGAAGUUGCAGCCCUCCACGAUGAUUCGUCCCAGAGCUUUUCGCCUUCGUCCCCAGAUGAGCAUUUUCCUAGGUGGCCUCGCACGGCUAGAUCUAUUGGAUAUAACAAGUUCUAAGGGACAGUUACUGGACUGGAUAAAGGUGUUUGUAUUCGCCUCUGAGAACCUUCCCGUGCUGAUCGCAGAAACCCAGGCGGCUGAAAAGGUGUACAACAGAUAUCUAGGAACACCUUUCCUGGGAGUCCCUAUGGCCAUUGAGGAUUCUAAGAACCGCCUGCAACGCUGGCCAGGAAUGCAGUGCCAAGACGGCGACAUUGUGCUGUCAAACGAGGGGAUGAAUGAGGGCAGGUUAAACUGUGAUAUUACUCUAAGCUCUGCUGGCUGGAUGGGAUUGCUCCUACCUGGGCAUUCCGAGUGUCGUCUGCGGGCGUGGACGCCGCAGGCUGCUGGCAUUUAUAAACGUGAACCUGCUUUAAUACCACUGGCGGAUCGGUUAGUGGGCAAGCACAUUAGAUAUUCCCUAGCUUACAACACCACAAAGCCUUUUGUUUUUAAGAAAUAAAAAUUUGCAAAAUUA